AUGGUUUCUUUCAAGUCCGUCCUCCUCUUCACCGGCCUCGCCAUGGCCGCUCCCACCCGCGAGACCGAGAAGUCUCUUACCAAGCGCUUCAACGGCGGGUGGUGCGGUGUCCACAUCCACCUUUUCCAAGGCGAAAAUGCCAAGGGCAGCCAUGAGAUGAACGUCUUCGUCUAUGACGGAAAGCAGCAGAUGGUUUGGUCCCAGGAGAGCAUCUGGGGUGAUGGUCUGCUUAUGGCUAAGAGCGAGGGUCUCCCUGCUGAGCUUAACAUCAACACAUUUGGUAGCAACGCGCUGGCUACUUUCACCUACGGUGAUGACCAGGCCUGGGACUCUAAGGAGCAACCUCGUUGCUCUGUUGGAGCUUGGGAUGGCCCUGGCUUCCUUUCUACUACUCAGACUCUUGAGAUGGACUGUGGUUUCUCUUGCUAA